AUGUCGACAGCAUUGCAGCGCAAGUUGCGUAUCGCUCGCGGUUUGGCCCCAAUUAGCGGACCAUCAGGCGUUUGGUUGUUGGGAAACAUGCCGACAUACAUCGAGAAUCGUCGUCGUAUCUACCACUUUCUGGAGGAUCUACUGAAGCAGUUCGGGGGUAGGAUGAAGAUGCCGUGGCAUCUUUUCUUCGACGGCGCCAUCUACAUCACGGAUCCGAAGGACGUUGAGCACAUUUUAUCGACGAACGUCAGCAACUACGUGAAGCCACAAGGAUUCCUGGACGCAUUUCAGGAAGUCUUUGCCAACUCGUUCUUCGCGAUGAACCAUCACCCUCAAGCACCUGAUGGCGGUGCUGGUUGGCGUCUGCAGCGUAAGGUAGCUGCCAAGGUGUUCACUACUGCCAACUUCCGUGUCUUUACAGAAAAAGUUUUUGCACGUCAUGCUGAAGAGACACUUGCGACUGCACAAGCUGAGUCGAUCAGGGAUGCAGUUCAAUAUGGAAACCAAUCGAAUGAUGGAAGCUUCUGUUGCGAUUUACAGGAGAUCAGUGCGAGAUACACACUGCAGUCUAUCUUUGACGCUGCGUUUGGUCUUCCAUUGAGCGACGUUGCGGAUGUAGAGGAGUUUGCUAAGCACAUGGAUUUUGUCAACGAGCACUGCGCACAAAGAUUAUUUGUAAAGCAGUACUACAAAGUUCUUCGUUGGAUUAUGCCCAGUGAGCGAGAACUCCGGUGGCGCACGCGUGAGAUUCGUGCGGUUGCCGACGCUGUUUUGCUCCGACGCUUGGAGGAGUCUGAAGAAGAAAUCAACGCACGGUCAGACCUACUGUCAUUGUUUAUUCGAAAGUCUCACGCUUCGUCCUUAUUGGGACCCGAAACGCUCCGGUCCAUUAUCUUGACGUUCGUCUUUGCUGGCCGAGAUACGACAGCAGAGUGCAUCACAUACAGCUUUUACGCCAUUGCUAAAUAUUCGAGAGUACAGGACCGAAUUGCCAAGGAGCUGAAGACUGCAAAGCGAAGCACCUCAACACCAUUUACGUUCGAAGAUGUGAAAAACAUGAAAUAUCUCGAGGCUGUGGUUUAUGAGGCGGUGCGAUUGUUUCCUGCGCUUCCGUAUAACGUCAAAAAUGCAGUCAAGGACGAUUAUCUUCCUGAUGGCACUUUUGUGCCUGCGGGUGUUGACAUCGUCUAUAGUCCGUGGUACAUGGGUCGCAACGGCGCGCUUUGGGGUGAUGAUCCACUUGAGUUCCGUCCCGAACGUUGGUUGGAGAUGUCCAAGCGUCCCAGUGCGUACGAGUUCCCAGCCUUUCAAGCAGGUCCGCGUAUUUGUUUGGGGAUGAACAUGGCAAUGUUGGAAGCCAAGCUCUUCCUCGCCACCACAGUGCGCCGUUUCCAAGUUGCAAUUGCACCUGGCGAGAAACAGGAACGUGGCUACGUACUGAAGUCGGGGCUCUUCAUGGACGGCGGAUUGCCGCUACAAUUAACCCCUCGACAGUCGAGUCGACUCCAGCCCGCGCAUUCAGCGUAG